CGCAACCACGCACUCCCACCGGUGCGCUCCGCUUCUUCCCUGCCCCAAAAGCGAGGAGGCUGAAGGUCUGAAGGACAACCGCGUCCCGCCGCCGCCGCAAAAGACGAGGAAGAGGUUCCCGGCGCCGACCACCAUGUCGUCGAUGAUGAACGCGCUGGCGAACUGGCUGGUGAACCCGCGCCGCAACCCGCUCGCGCGCCUCCACAUGCACGCCGUCUCCUCGCGCCUCAGGAAAUACGGGCUCAGGUACGACGACCUGUACGACCCCUACUUCGACGUGGAAAUCAAGGAGGCGCUCGGGAGGCUGCCUAGGGAGGUGAUCGACGCCCGCAUCCAGCGCCUCAAGCGCGCCAUGGACCUCUCCAUGAAGCACCAGUACCUCCCCGAGCACGUCCAGGCACAGCAGGUUCCAUUCAGAGGAUAUUUGAGUGACAUGUUGGCUCUGGUGAAAAAGGAAAACGCCGAGCGUGAAGCACUGGGAGCCCUUCCACUCUACCAGAGAACACUUCCCUAAAGUGCUGAUAGACAUGGUCGCAAGUCUUCUCUUUACGGCAAAAUCAGAAUGCAUGAAAUAAAAUGCAGUGGAUGAAACUGUUUUUCUUUUGUUCCAACCAAAGUUCCAUUUUACUUGUUCAUGCAAUGGUGCAUUGACCAUGGGCUGUAGAUGUUGUUUUUCCCGUCUGAUUAAUGGGAGCAAAUUUGCCUUCGACUAUUAUUAACUUGUGAAAUCUUCAGCAGCUGCUGGGUAGCUAUCGCAGUGUUCUUUGAUCGUGAA